GGCGGGGAGGGGGACACCAAGCCUCAAAUUGACAUGUCAUGACAAGGCAGAAGGACCGGUUUGUCUAAAGCAACUGUAUUUGACUGGUUCACGCUGCACCACAGAUAAUAUGAUGACGUUAUCCGGCGUAAAUGGAGCUACAGCUUGAGCUAGCUAGCUAUAUGUACCUGCAAAUUCAGCGAACUAGCAGCUAGCUAACCUUAGCUAGUUAGCCUGCCAAGGAAAGCAAUGGCUUGAUUACAGCAUUUAGCUAGCAAUCAACAGAUAUCUAGCUGCUAGUUUAGAUAGGGAUAGGUGCUGAUUGCAAACGUGGAUUUCCAACAUGUGGUGCACAUAGCACGUAUUUGAACAUUUAUACGACUUUUAUGCAUUUACAUUUAAUCUUUUGUCGAGCAAACCCCCAAACACAGCGGGCCACAAAUGGAACCAGGGAGUUCGCGUGAAAGUCCAUCCGGCUCUGGGGGACCCGAAGUGGCGGGCCUACGUGAGGAGACCCCCGGCGAAGAGGCUGAGGAUGGGGACAACUGCAUCCUGAAAGGAGGAGGAGAUGGAGGCAACGAAAACACUCUGGACAAGAUGAAAACAGAACGUAAGGAUGAUGCUGUUACUGGGAAAAAUAUUGAGGAUGCUGAUGAAGGCAAAUAUGAAGAGGAAUUGGACCCUAGAAUUCAGGAGGAGCUAGAGCACCUGAAUCAGGCCAGUGAUGAGAUCAACAAGCUGGAACUGCAACUGGAUGAUGCUAGGUCCAGCUACAGGAGGAUCCUCACUGACUCAGCCAGGAAGCUCAAUGCUCAGGGCUCCCAGCUAGGCACCUGCAUCGAGAAGGCCAGGCCCUACUACGAAGCCCGCAGACUAACCAAAGAGGCCCAGCAGGAGACGCAGAAGGCAGCGUUGCGGUACGAGAGAGCCGUCUCCAUGCAUACUGCUGCCAGAGAGAUGGUGUACGUGGCAGAGCAGGGGCUCCUGGCAGACAGGAACACUCUGGACCCCACCUGGCAGGAGAUGCUCAACCACGCCACCUCCAAGGUGAACGAGGCAGAGGAGGAGCGCCUGCGGAGCGAGAGGGAGCACCAGCGGGUCACUCAGCUGUGCCAGGAGGCAGAGCAACGUGUCCAGACGCUCCAGAAAUCCCUGAAGAGGGUCAUCGUCAAGUCCAAACCUUACUUUGAGCUCAAGGCUCAGUUCAACCACAUACUAGAGGAGCACAAGGCGAAUGUGGUGCAGCUGGAAGAACGUGUCGCAAAGGUGAAGAUGCGCUACUCCGUCGCCCUGCGCAACCUGGAGCAAAUCAGUGAGCAGAUCCAUGCUCAGAGGGGGCGUGUCCAAGCCACCAGGGCCCACCCCGUAGCCUACGGUGGGCGGAGCUCCCCGGUGGGGGCGGAGGCUGAGGUCAAAGCUGCGGUCGGGGUUCAGGUUGGAGGAGCCUGUGGCGGAGGAGGAGGCUUGGAUGAGAAGGACUGGGCUGAUGGAGAGAAGACCAGGCAGUGGGUGGAGAGACACAGAGAGCAGGGCUGGGGUCACAGGGAGAGGGGGGAGAGAAACAGAGAGCAGGGCUGGGGUCACAGGGAGAGGGGGGAGGCAGGGUCAGACUCCAUGUCUGACAUCAGCCUCCAGACCAUCGCCUCGGAUCUGGGGAAGUGUGACUCGGUGGAGCACCUGGGGGAUCUGAGUGACGUGAGCAGCCUGAUUGGAGAGGAGAGGGAGAGGUCCUUGAUAGCUGAGAACAGAGACGAGAACCCCAGGGCAGAGGAGAGAGUUGUGAGGGAUGUUGUCAUCCCCACUCCAAGGCAGGAUAGAUUGGAGGAGGUGAGGGGGGCGAUAGGGAGAGAGAGACAGGAGAGCUUUGUCAAGCAGCACCACAGAAGUGUGAGUUUGUGAGUCCAGAAGAAUAGAAUGGACCGGUGAGUGAUGAUGAGGGAUCAAAUAAAGGAAUGAAAUCAGAAGGUCAAGAUCAAAGAAAAGACAUGGAGAUUGUAGAAGUUCUUUGUGGUAUUGACACUGAGUCUGAGUCCCAAAUGGCUUCCUAUAUAGUGCACUACAUUUGACCAGAGCCCCUAUAGUUAAUAGGGUGUCAUUUGUGACACUGCCUGCAUCAUUGUGACACAGCCUGCAUCAUUGUGACACUGCCUGCAUCCUUGUGACACUGCUUGCAUCAUUGUGACACUGCUUGCAUCAUUGUGACACAGCCUGCAUCAUUGUGACACAGCCUGCAUCAUUGUGACACAGCCUGCAUCAUUGUGACACAGCCUGCAUCAUUGUGACACAGCCUGCAUCAUUGUGACACAGCCUGCAUCAUUGUGACACAGCCUGCAUCAUUGUGACACAGCCUGCAUCAUUGUGACACAGCCUGCAUCAUUGUGACACAGCCUGCAUCAUUGUGACACAGCCUGCAUCAUUGUGACACUGCCUGCAUCAUUGUGACACUGCCUGCAUCACUGCAGAGGGGAGUAGCAGGGAGGAGGGUGGCUGGUGCAUCAUGAAUAACAACAUAAGACAGACUGCGCGCGUGAGAGAGAGAAGAGGAAGUGUUAGGUGAUUCACUAGGUCCCCGUGGGAAUUGUAGUUCUCUCACUCUGAUCUGUCUAUUGUUCAACACAGUAAAGAUAUCGGUGACCUGAGAGUGCCAACGCAUGACAAAUCCACCGAGGCCAAGCUAGUGUAAACACGGUGCUGAAUGUAAAUGCAGAGACAACAUAACUUAGGGCAUACACUUACUCUACUGACCGAUUCACAUGCGGGAGAAAUUUACGCAGCAAAGCUUAUUUUAUCAAUGCUAUUUUUAUAUUGACUUUAGUCCCUGAAUUAAUGCCUUUUUCCAUAUUGAUUGAAUUACCACAUAAUUGUUUUUUUUAGCUCGUCCUUGGUAUUAACACAAGGCGUUAAUGCAAGCGAUUACUGCUCUCUCUCCCUCUUGAGUAGAAAUACAAAAAGGAAUAUGAUUAUCAUAUUUUAAACACCUUCGGAUAAGAAGUUAAUUAAAAAAACAAACAUUUUAUUUAGUUUGUAGACCCAUUUUUAUUGUUUUUACCCCCAGUAGAAUGUUCUGGAAAUGUUCCCCAGCAGCUAGAGGGGCCAACGACCCCCUCAGACACCAGACUGUAGAGAAUGUCUCUGUCACUCGCAUUGACCAAACACUUCCACAGUGUUUCUCUCUGACCUUUUCACAAUCCCUGUUUCUGUCAGGAAGAAAUGUUGUCAGCUGGCCUGGGGUUGCGUCCCAAUAUUGCACCCUAUUCCGUAUGUAGUGAACUACUUUUGACCAGGGUCCAUUUGGGACCUAUCCAAGAUGUUACACUGCAUGGUGGGAAGUGGUUCUAAUGAACUCCUUUAGUAUUUUAUAUUUGCCAUAAAGAACAGUUUUUGACGAACAUCUAAAAUAAAGAUUUUAAUUUGACUCAAACGUAUUUUAAGUGCUUUUGGUCGUCCAAAUUGUAACCUAUUCUGUAAGAGUUUAACGAGCAAAGAACCCCUAAUGUCCAUGAUGACAUUUAUAGUAGUAAUCACGGAAUCUCAAUUCUAACCAUUUAUUAUUACGUUUCUUAACUGUCUUCCUUGAAUAGUGAGACUAUUUUAAUGAAGUCUUGUUUUAGAUUGAAAUACUUUGCCAGUGUUUUACCGUAGUUAACACUGUUGAAACAUUAACUUGCAUUUGGUUUCUGGGUAUUUUAUUAGGAUCCCCAUUAGCUGUUGCUAAAGCAGCCACUAUUCUUCCUGGGGUCCACACGAAACAUAAAUCAGAAAAUCAAUAGACAAGAACAGCUCAAGGACAGAACUACACGUUUUAUUUUUUUGUUUGUUUUUAACCUAUUUAACUAAGCAAGUCAGUUAAGAACAAAUUAUUAUUUUCAAUGACGGCCUAGGAACAGUUGGGUUAACUGCCUUGUUCAGAGGCAGAACGACAGAUUUUUACCUUGUCAGCUCAGGGAUUCGAUCUAGCAACCUUUCGUUUUCUAGUCCAAUGCUCUAACCACUAGGCUACCUGCGGUCCCUACACUCUAACCACUAGGCUACCUGCGGUCCCUACACUCUAACCACUAGGCUACCUGCCGCCCCGACACUCUAACCACUAGGCUACCUGCCGCCCCUACACUCUAACCACUAGGCUACCUGCGGUCCCUACACUCUAACCACUAGGCUACCUGCCGCCCCGACACUCUAACCACUAGGCUACCUGCCGCCCCCACACUCUAACCACUAGGCUACCUGCCGCCCCCACACUCUAACCACUAGGCAACCUGCCGCCCCUACACUCUAACCACUAGGCUACCUGCCGCCCCCACACUCUAACCACUAGGCAACCUGCGGUCCCUACACUCUAACCACUAGGCUACCUGCCGCCCCUACACUCUAACCACUAGGCUACCUGCCGCCCCCACACUCUAACCACUAGGCUACCUGCGGUCCCUACACUCUAACCACUAGGCUACCUGCCGCCCCUACACUCUAACCACUAGGCUACCUGCCGCCCCCACACUCUAACCACUAGGCUACCUGCGGUCCCUACACUCUAACCACUAGGCUACCUGCGGUCCCUACACUCUAACCACUAGGCUACCUGCCGCCCCCACACUCUAACCACUAGGUAACCUGCCGCCCCUACACUCUAACCACUAGGCUACCUGCCGCCCCCACACUCUAACCACUAGGCUACCUGCGGUCCCUACACUCUAACCACUAGGCAACCUGCCGUCCCCACACUCUAACCACUAGGCAACCUGCGGUCCCUACACUCUAACCACUAGGCUACCUGCGGUCCCUACACUCUAACCACUAGGCUACCUGCCGCCCCCACACUCUAACCACUAAGCAACCUGCCGCCCCUACACUCUAACCACUAGGCUACCUGCCGCCCCCACACUCUAACCACUAGGCAACCUGCGGUCCCUACACUCUAACCACUAGGCUACCUGCCGCCCCUACACUCUAACCACUAGGCUACCUGCCGCCCCCACACUCUAACCACUAGGCUACCUGCCGACCCUACACUCUAACCACUAGGUAACCUGCCGACCCUACACUCUAACCACUAGGUAACCUGCGGUCCCCACACUCUAACCACUAGGCUACCUGCGGUCCCCACACUCUAACCACUAGGCUACCUGCGGUCCCUACACUCUAACCACUAGGCUACCUGCCGCCACCACACUCUAACCACUAGGCUACCUGCCGACCCUACACUCUAACCACUAGGCUACCUGCGGUCCCCACACUCUAACCACUAGGCUACCUGCGGUCCCCACACUCUAACCACUAGGCAACCUGCCGCCCCUACACUCUAACCACUAGGCUACCUGCCGACCCUACACUCUAACCACUAGGUAACCUGCCGCCACCACACUCUAACCACUAGGCUACCUGCCGCCCCCACACUCUAACUACUAGGCUACCUGCCGCCCCCACACUCUAACUACUAGGCUACCUGCGGUCCCUACACUCUAACCACUAGGCUACCUGCGGUCCCUACACUCUAACCACUAGGCUACCUGCCGCCCCCACACUCUAACCACUAGGCUACCUGCGGUCCCUACACUCUAACCACUAGGCUACCUGCCGCCCCCACACUCUAACCACUAGGCUACCUGCGGUCCCUACACUCUAACCACUAGGCUACCUGCGGUCCCUACACUCUAACCACUAGGCUACCUGCCGACCCUACACUCUAACCACUAGGCUACCUGCCGCCCCUACACUCUAACCACUAGGUAACCUGCCGCCACCACACUCUAACCACUAGGCUACCUGCCGCCCCCACACUCUAACCACUAGGCUACCUGCCGCCCCCACACUCUAACCACUAGGCUACCUGCCGCCCCUACACUCUAACCACUAGGCUACCUGCCGCCCCUACACUCUAACCACUAGGCUACCUGCGGUCCCUACACUCUAACCACUAGGUAACCUGCCGACCCUACACUCUAACCACUAGGCUACCUGCCGCCCCUACACUCUAACCACUAGGCAACCUGCCGACCCUACACUCUAACCACUAGGCUACCUGCCGCCCCUACACUCUAACCACUAGGCUACCUGCCGACCCUACACUCUAACCACUAGGCUACCUGCCGCCCCUACACUCUAACCACUAGGUAACCUGCCGCCACCACACUCUAACCACUAGGCUACCUGCCGCCCCCACACUCUAACCACUAGGCUACCUGCCGCCCCUACACUCUAACCACUAGGCUACCUGCCGCCCCUACAUACAUUUCACCUGCACUUAACACCACUAAGUUAUGUUAGUUAUUGUGUGCAACACCUGCCUGUUGCAGAGGGAAGCAUUGUUUUUGGUUGAAGGGUUUCCAGUUCCUGGGGUUAUUUGACCAGUUAAUUCACUUGUUCAUUUUGUACCUGUUGACAGGCACCUGUCCUUGAUUUGAUUGAUCUCACCAUACAGUGACACUACUAGAUCACUACACUAGCGAGACAGAGAGAGUGAGGGAUGAGAGUGAGGGAAGAAAUAUAUGGUAAAGUAAUGGUAUUUACUGUUAAUGCACAUACUUUUAUUAUUGUUUUGUUCAUGCAGACCUGUGCCAUUGAUUUGAAUCUUUUGACUGUUUUAAAGUUGAUUUUGCACAUGAUGACAGUACUUGUGGAGUUUUGUUUUUCCCUUUUCCCACUCGUUACCUCUUCACCCAACCAUCAUUGUUCACCCUUGUUACCUGGCUGUCCCCCCCCCCCCCCCUUUACCUGUUCAACAUCACAUUUGCUGUUCUGUUUUUCACACUAAUUGGUUUAUUUAAUUACCCGUUAUUUUCCCAUUCGUUACUCACUCAGUUAAUCCUUGUAAAACUGCCUGUUCUCUUUUUAACCAGUUCAGUACCACCUUAGUUUCUUAUCGUUGACUCUUACAUUACCUGGUCAAUAUCAUCCUUGUUACCUGGCUGUUCCCUUGUCUUAACCUGGUCAAUAUCAUCCUUGUUACCUGGCUGUUCCCUUGUCUUAACCAGGUCAAUAUUAUCCUUGUUACCUGGCUGUUCCCUUGUCUUAACCUGGUCAAUAUCAUCCUUGUUACCUAGCUGUUCCCUUGUCUUAACCUGGUCAAUAUCAUCCUUGUUACCUGGCUGUUCCCUUGUCUUAACCGGGUCAAUAUUAUCCUUGUUAUCUGGCUGUUCCCUUGUCUUAACCUGGUCAAUAUCAUCCUUGUUACCUGGCUGUUCCCUUGUCUUAAUCUGGUCAAUAUCAUCCUUGUUACCUAGCUGUUCCCUUGUCUUAACCUGGUCAAUAUCAUCCUUGUUACCUAGUUGUUCCCUUGUCUUAACCUGGUCAAUAUCAUCCUUGUUACCUAGCUGUUCCCUUGUCUUAACCUGGUCAAUAUCAUCCUUGUUACCUGGCUGUUCCCUUGUCUUAACCGGGUCAAUAUUAUCCUUGUUAUCUGGCUGUUCCCUUGUCUUAACCUGGUCAAUAUCAUCCUUGUUACCUAGCUGUUCCCUUGUCUUAACCGGGUCAAUAUCAUCCUUGUUACCUGGCUGUUCCCUUGUCUUAACCUGGUCAAUAUCAUCCUUGUUACAUGGCUGUUCCCUUGUCUUAACCUGGUCAAUAUCAUCCUUGUUACCUGGCUGUUCCCUUGUCUUAACCUGGUCAAUAUCAUCCUUGUUACCUGGCUGUUCCCUUGUCUUAACCUGGUCAAUAUUACAUUUGCUGCUCUCCACAAUGUUCCCACUACCCCCACUCCAUUCGCUGAUAAAUGCUGACUUGGGAUCCAGUGGUCAGUUUGUCAGUCCCAAAUGGCACACUAUUCCCUAUAUAGUGCACUAGGGCCCAUACAGGCCGUGGUCAAAAGUAUUGCACUAUGUAGGGAAUAGGGUGUGUGAAGCAUUAUUGGAAAGUCUUCUCAUUUGCCUGCUCCACUUGACACCGUGUUUUAUUUGUUAAUGUAAAUGGUAUGCAUCCCAAUUACAGCUGUACUACAUUCCUUACGUAGUGCACUACUUAUGGGCCCUUGUCAAAAUUAGUACACUAUGUAGGGAAUAGGGUGCUAUUUCAAGUGUAGUGGAUGUAUAAUAAUAAUAAUAAUAAUGAUAUGAAUGUUAAUUUAUUAAUCAUGUACAUGGUAAUUUAUGGAAUGUGAUGCUAUUUCCAACUAUUAAACUUUGAUUAAACACAA